AUGGAAAGAGUUAACCAAACCAUCAGCAUCUCUGAGUUCAUCCUCCUGGGACUUUCCUCUCGGCCUGAGGACCAAAAGCCACUCUUUAUUCUCUUCCUCACCAUUUACCUGGUCACCAUAGCAGGGAACCUGCUCAUCAUUCUGGUCAUUCGCUCUGACCCUCAUCUCCAGACUCCCAUGUAUUUUUUCUUGAGUUUUCUGUCUUUAACUGACAUUUGCUUCACAACAACCAUUGUCCCUAAAAUGCUGGUGAAUUUUCUGUCAGAAAAAAAGACCAUCUCCUAUGCUGGGUGUCUGACGCAAAUGUAUUUUCUCUAUGCCUUGGGCAACAGUGAUAGCUGUCUUCUGGCAGUCAUGGCCUUUGACCGCUAUGUGGCCAUCUGCAACCCCUUCCACUAUGUCACCAUUAUGAGCCACCAUCGAUGUGUCUUACUGGUAACCUUCUCCUGCUCUUUUCCUCACCUCCACUCACUCCUGCACACACUUUUAUUGAAUCUUCUCACCUUUUGUGACUCCAAUGUCAUUCACCACUUUCUCUGUGACCUUAGUCCUCUGAUAAAAUUAUCCUGCUCCUCUACAUUUGUUAAUGAGAUUGUGAUAGUGACAGAAGGAGCUCUUGUUUUGGUGACCCCCUUUCUGUGCAUUGCUUUCUCCUACAUAAGAAUCCUCAUUACGGUUCUCAAAAUUCCUUCUGCUGCUGGGAAAUGCAAAGCCUUUUCUACCUGUGGUUCUCACCUCACCAUGGUAACUCUCUUUUAUGGAAGCAUCUUCUAUGUGUAUUUACAGCCAGUGUCUACUUACACUGUCAGGGACCAUAUAGCAACAAUUGUCUACACAGUUUUGUCAUCUAUGCUAAACCCUUUUAUCUACAGCUUGAGAAACAAAGACCUGAAGCAGGGCCUGAGGAGGCUCAUGUGCAGAAGGAGAGUCUAG